AUGUGUGCGUGUUUUCACGCCGAGGCUUGCCAACCCGGCCAGCAGAGAUUCGGAGGUUCUUGCUAUCAACUCCUGAACAAGAGUAUGACGUGGGACCAAGGUGAUGCUGCCUGUUUGGAGAUGGGCACUGCCUUGGCGGUUCCCGAGUUCAUGGAUGAACAAAAAUUCAUCUAUAAAAUGUACGGAAAGAGUAAGGAUCUCUGGAUCGGAUGUAAUGACAAGGAGCAGGAAGGCAAAAUUCGAAAGGCCAUCAUCUGUCAGAGUCCCGCUCCGCUUGCUACGCCCAAGAUGUUCUGCCUGCAACGCUACGCCGACGCCCGCUCCUCAUCCCACUGCCUCACCGGUCACGUCAUCAAGGAGUUCUCGGCCACGGGUGUCAUCGCGUGCGGCUCGGCGUGCCGGGAUGAGCCUCGAUGCCGCUCCUUCAAUCUGCGACGAGGUGACCCCGGAGUGUUGAUUUGCCAGUUGAAUAACAUUACCCGUUUUUCAGCCAUUCAUGAUUUCACCUGUAUCACCAAGCCCCGUAUUGAUAUCGGCAGUGAAGAAACCUACAUCGCCGCCUUUCUACAUGGCGGUAACGCUACGCUGUCCUUCGCUCGAACAACCUACACGUACACAAGCGUCGAUAACGACCCGUUAGGGCUACCUUCAGACUACCGUUUGAAACCACGCCCGUCAUCAGAGGGAGAUGAGAUCUUUAAACUUCGAUUACCAGCGGCUGGAGGGAUGACUAGGAUUGGAGCCUUUGCCUGUAAUGCCAGGAUGACGGAUAGAAAUGACAGCAUUGGUACGAUCAUCAUGAGCAGAACCGCUGACUUCCUGCCUACCCGAGUGAGUCAGACGGUAAACCGGGGAGAUGUAGUCAAUCUGACCGUCAUUUCAAUAAACCAAUCUCGCACAAGUACCAGAUGGAGAAAAGACGGCGGUGGUGUCAUCACAGACCUACAAGACGAUCUGUACUCUGAUUUUGUCAAUGCCAGAGUCUCAGACAUUGGGAUCUAUGAGGUCCACUUAGCCGGGGAACGUAGCCACGGAAACCAGGCACUUAUGCAGUUGAUUGUCAGAGCUUGCCCAAACAAUAAAUGGAAUGCGCCCUCGUGCGACAGGCAUUGCCCAGUCUGUUUCAAUGGUGGUAUGUGUGACGACCGGAGUGGAGACUGCAUUUGCCCGCCUGGCUUCAGCGGCGAAUUCUGCAAAAGACCGAUAGGCCCCAAUCGUUUUGGCCAAUCGGGAAGUUUUCGCUGCGACUUACGUGAGUUAGGAGGCCGUCCUACGUGUGCUGGGAUGCUGUUCUGUUUACCAAAUCCUUAUGGCUGUUCGUGUGCUGCAGGGUACCAAGGAAUCGACUGCAAUGAAACAUGUGCGGAUGGUUUCUACGGAGCAGACUGUGCACAGACAUGUCACUGCAUGGACGGGGUCGCGUGUGACGGAACUACGGGCGAGUGUCGCGGGGACUGCGCGCCAGGAUUCAUCGGCAUCAACUGCCAAGUCCCAGAUGCCGUUGACGGGUUGACCGUUCAGGGCACCAGUUACAAUAGCCUGAGUCUGUCAUGGGACGCACCAGGAACCAGUCAAGAGUUCCCUUGUCCUGCAUCCGACUACUUGGUGACCUUUGACCUCAUAAACCUGGAGCAGUUGCCAGCUGCUGUAUCGGACAUAUCCAUACUCGCCAUUUCACGUGAACGAAACGAAUUCGACGUUCGUUGGACUUCCCCCGAUGGAGCCUGCCCUGCGACAUCUUACAGUGUAACAUAUGAGCUCAUCACGAUGGACCAAUGCACCAAGCAGAAUCCACCAAUCGUAACAGAUGUAGGAAAGGUCGACACUACUCACGCUACUCUCCACCUACCUGCGUAUUACUCAGAGUACAGAGUGAACGUCUCGUCAAUCAAUGAAGCUGGACAUGGUGAAACAAAAUUCGUAGAAUUGUUCACCAGCGAAAACACACCAAUUGCAGCACCGGUUACCCGAAGUACAGCAACCUAUGACAGCAUCACGUUCUCCUGGGAUCCUAUCCCUUGCGGCAGUAGACGUGGCAAUAUCACUCACUACGCGUACGCAUUCAGAGGGCCAAGACCACAAGAAGAGGACAGAACUAUCGACAAGAGAAAUAUCUCAGAGCUUUCUGUUACCUUACAUGAUUUAUCACCGUGUACCACGUACUCAAUCAGAGUUCGAGCAUAUACUCGCAUUGGAGCAGGUCCAUGGACAAACUGGACACACCAAGACACAAUCUUGAAGGACGACAUCCAAUCCCUCACCCUGGAACCUUCAAGAAAUGGCAUCCGGGUCACCUGGACAAGUACCAGGGACGAGGGCAACCUUUGCCCUGCGUCCUCGUACCGGGUUAGUUACCAACUUCUCAACUUGGAGCAGUGCCAGCCACAGACCGACUCGGCCCCGAUACACGCAGCAGUUGUAAACAGCAGUGGUAUCGAGCUAACUUCGAUGCAUGCUUACUCUACGUACAGCGUGCGCGUGGAACCAGGGCAUCACCCUGGAGAAGAUUUUUCAGAAAGAAAGACGGUGACGACUGAUGAGGGAGUCCCAUUGGCUGCUCCUGAAGUUGACAGCGUUUCUUCGUCCAAUCAAAUCACUCGAGUGUCUUGGCAUCCGAUUCCCUGCGGCAAAAGAGACGGUGACAUCACAGGCUACACGUACGAGCUGCGUGACGCAUCUGGGUCCAUGAUACAAACAGCCGACACCACGGCAGAGUCUGUUGAAGUCGAUGGUCUGUCACAGGGGGCGUCCUACUCCUUCAGGCUGUGGGCGUCUACGCGGGUAGGACCUGGUCCCUGGAUAGAAUUCAGCAUGGUGAUAAUAAAAGUCGAUUCGGGAAGCAGCGUCGCCAAUACGGUUUUCAGUGGUGGUGUAGGAAUUGCCAUUGGCAUCAUACUUGCCACUGCUGUUGCCUUGCUGAUGGCUUUUGCCAGACACUAUCGAAAACGCUCUCAGAGGGCUAAGAGGUCAGCAAGUAGGCCAAUGCCUGAGUCACGUGCACAUGAUGAUGCCGACGCCAUAUACUUUGACAUAAACGACGAUAUCGAAUUGAAGAAGAUAUCAGCAACACCAAGCCGUGAAUCAGCUACUGGGGCAUCCACUGUGCCGUCUGGGAAAUCAACAACACGUGCGUUGGCACCUCGAGCAUCCACCAAACGUUCAACUGCGACGGCAACCAAAAAGCCUCAGAUGGCGGCCGGUCAGAGUGGAGCGCGCCACUACGAAAACACGGUCAUUCCGUAG